AUGAAGGAAGAGCUCAAAGCAUCUGUCGUGUUCAGUUCAAUCACUAUUUUCGACAGUUUUCGAACACAGUGUGACGUUCUCAUUACUCUCUUAACGAGACUUAUCGUAGCGAAAGUUUCGCUUGACCGUGUUGACGACUUCCUCGUUGGGACAGAACUCCUGGACGCGUACACACCGAAUAUAACGUAUAGAGAAAACCAAGAUGUGGUUCCGCGUGACGAGAUUGCGAUUCAUGAAGCUUUGUUUACGUGGACUGCAGAAGUCAGCACGGAGUCGGCCGCGGCUCAAUCAUCGCCUUCUGAAACGGAGAGGAGAUUUGUGCUUAAGGUUGACCAGGAGACGUUGCGGUUCAAGAAAGGAUGUUUGAAUUUGAUUGUGGGACCUACUGGAUCUGGGAAGACGUCGCUCUUGAUGGCAUUGCUUGGCGAGAUGCAUUAUAUUCCUGUUGCUAAGGACUCGUAUGUCAGUCUUCCACGAGCGGGAGGUGUCGCAUAUGCGGCUCAGGAGUCUUGGGUGCAGAAUGAGACUAUUCGGGAAAACAUUAUAUUCGGUUCACCUUUCGACGAGGAGCGAUACAAGAAAGUUAUCUAUCAAUGCGGGUUAGAACGAGACCUCGCAUUGUUUGAGGCUGGAGAUAGAACCGAGGUCGGGGAAAAGGGGAUUACGUUAAGUGGUGGGCAGAAGACGAGGCUUACACUUGCGAGGGCUGUUUAUUCCAAUGCGGAGAUUCUGUUGUUGGAUGAUGUGUUGGCUGCGCUUGAUGUUCAUACCGCAAAGUGGAUUGUAGACAAGUGCUUUAAGGGUGAGUUUCUCCAGGGAAGGACAGUUUUGCUCGUCACCCAUAAUAUUCCUCUAACCGCAUCGCUCGCGGACUUCGUCGUGUCUGUCAAGGAUGGGAGGAUCAUGUCGCAAGGAUCUCUUGACGUUGCGCUGCAGAAUGUCGAAUCGUUGGUUGAAGAAGUGGAGAGAAAAACGGUCGAAUUGAAGAAUGAAGAGGAAAAGGAGGAGGAGGAAGAGUCAUCAGCGUCCUCCGAGGACGUUCCUGAUGGGAAGUUGAUAGUGGCGGAGGAAGUUCAAUAUGGGCAGGUUGGAUCGUCCUCUGCUAAGAUGUACGGCUAUGCAUUUGGAGGAAACCAUGCGAUACUGACGAUUGGAACGUGCGUUGGCGGUUUAUUAACUGUAGGUGGGUUGAAUGUGCUUCAGACGUGGUAUUUGGGAUAUUGGGCGAGACAGUAUGAAGUUCUUCCUCCAUCGAGUGUUCCCGUGUUUUUCCAUUUCGAGAUAUAUGGCCUGAUAUUGUUAGCUGCAGCGCUUAUAUCCGCCUUCACUUAUGCGUUCCAUGCAGUUUUGGCCGUUAGAGCCUCAAGGACCAUUCACAUCAGGCUCAUGCAGUCGGUCUUGACAACUACCCUCAGAUGGCUGGACAUUACCCCCGUUUCUCGCAUCCUGACUCGUUGCACCGGCGACAUCAAUACCGUCGACUCUAGACUUCCAAAUAUGUUGCAAGAACUCGGAGUGUUGGGAACUAGGAUGAUCACCCAGCUGAUUGCUUUGGUAAUAUACACGCCGAUCUUCAUACCACCAGCUGUCGUGUUAGUGCUGCUUGGGAAGUGGUGUGGGGAUCUGUUCGGUCGGGCUGUUCUGUGUAUUCGUCGUGAACAGUCAAACUCCAAAGCUCCGGUUCUUGCUCAGUUCGAGGGUGCACUCGCUGGUAUCGUUUCCGUUCGAGCGUACGGAGCUGAGGAGGCCUUCGAAGCGGAGCUACGCCGUCGAGUUGAUGCGAACGUCAGGAUAACUCGGACGUUCUAUAACGUAGGAAGAUGGAUGCCCACUCGAAUUGAAUUUCUCGCGGCGGUGUUUUCCGCGAGCCUUGCGGGUUACCUCGUCUACUUCAGCAACGUUAGUGCUUCAGCUGCCGGGUUUACUUUGAACAUGGCCGUCACCUUCACUGGAGCGAUUCUGUUCUUUAUUUUCACGUGGAACGAACUGAAGUCUUCAGCCAAUAGCUUGGAACGUAUUGACGGAUACCUCAACAUCGAGAGAGAACCUGGAGCUUCGAGCACUGGCGAACCCCCUGCGUACUGGCCGGCAAGUGGUGAUCUGAGAGUAGAAAACCUCUCUGCGCGGUAUAGCCCGGAUGGCCCCAAAGUCUUGCACAACCUUUCCUUCCAUAUCAGGUCUGGCGAGCGCAUAGGAGUCGUUGGUCGUACCGGUUCUGGAAAGAGUUCUCUCACGUUGUCACUCCUCAGGUGCAUCUAUACUGAGGGAGACGUGUACUACGACAGCAUUAACACUACCGUUCUCAAUCUCGAUGCGUUGAGGUCGAAGAUAACUAUCAUCCCUCAAAUGCCCGAACUACUCAGCGGAACGCUCCGUCAAAACCUAGAUCCGUUUGGCGAACACGAUGAUGUAACGCUCAACGACGUUUUACGCUCAUCGGGACUUUUUGCGCUGCAGAAGACAAACGACCAGGAUAAACUGACCUUGGAUUCUGGGAUUUCAAGCGGAGGGACUAACCUCUCCGUGGGUCAACGGCAGAUCCUUGCUCUUGCUAGGGCAAUUCUGAGGAAGAGUAAACUCUUGAUCCUAGAUGAAGCUACUUCCGCCAUCGAUUAUGAAACGGAUGCUAUCAUUCAACAAUCGCUACGGAAUGAAUUAGGUUCGGACACCACAGUGAUCACCGUCGCUCAUCGUCUGCAAACGAUUAUGGAUGCUGAUAGAAUUAUGGUUUUGGAUGCGGGUCGUAUCGUCGAAUUUGACACGCCUCGGGAAUUAUUGAACCGUGAAGGUGGGGUGCUGAAGGCGCUUGUUGAAGAAUCAGCAGAUAAGGGCGUCUUGAUUGAUAUGGCGGUUGAGGGGAGGUGA